UCAGUUCAAUCUAAUCAUCAAUUUAAUCUUUCUUUCUUGCCUUUUAGUUUGUGGUAAGGCUGGCAUUGAAAGGGUUUUGUUUCGAACAUCCCAAAAAAGGGUUAAUUAUUAUUAUUAUUUUUUUUGAAAUUCUUUUUAUACAGAAAUCUAAUAUUUAUAUAUGAAAUGAAGAGCAAAGUAUAGCUACAGAAAGGCCAAAGAAGCUUCUUUUUCUGCAUCAACAAAAACCAGUUCUUAGCAGAACAAACCACCAGACUGCUUUUCUUUCUUUCUCUCUGAAGACCAUUUUCCUGUUCUUGUUUAUAAACUUUCUUGCAAUCUUUUUUCUGGGUUAUAUUUGUUGUAGUUGUUUCAAAGUUAACAACUUUGAUGUCUUCUGUACCAAAAGAACAUGAUUACAUAGGCUUAUCAGAGACUUCUCCUAUGGAAAGAAUCUCUGACAAGCUUUCCUCUUCCCCUUCCUUUUCCUCUUCUUCUUCUUCUUCUUCCUCUACUACAAAUGAAGAGAACAGUAACAAAAACAAGACUUGUCUUAACUUAAAAGAAACUGAGUUAAGGCUUGGUUUGCCUGGUUCUCAAUCUCCAGAAAGAAAGCCCCUGUCUUUGCAUACUGGGGUUUCUCUUUUUGGAAAAGACAUUGACACCACCAACAAUAACAACAGUGCUACUAAUGGUAAUGGGUAUUCUUUUUCUCUCAGUAGCCCAUUAAAGAGUUUAGUUUCAGGUGCUAAAAGAGGUUUCUCAGAUGCCAUUGAUGGUUCUACUACUAAUUGGGUUUUCCCUGUUAAUAAUGGAUCUGACAUUGAUUUGAGUAAAGGUGCUGUCUUAUUCUCCUCAAGAGGUGAUAAUGGUAAUAAGAAUAAUAAUAAUACCCAGAAAUCCUCUAUACCUGCUGGGCUAGCAAAGAAAGAUGUGGUUGUUGCUGGUAAUAUUAUUGCUCAAUCUCCAAAGCCAGUUUCUGAGAAGAACAGUCAAGUCUCCAGUGGUGCAAAUGAGAAUGGUAGUGCUCCUGCUGCAAAGGCACAAGUGGUAGGGUGGCCACCUAUUCGAUCAUUUCGGAAGAAUACCAUGGCCUCUAAUGUGGCAAAGAACAAUGAAGAUGCUGAAGGCAAAUCAGGAUCUGGGUGCCUCUAUGUGAAGGUUAGCAUGGAUGGUGCACCAUACCUCAGGAAGGUUGAUCUCAAGACCUACAGCAACUAUGUAGAACUCUCAUCUGGACUUGAAAAAAUGUUUAGUUGUUUUACCAUUGGGCAAUGUGGUUCUCAUGGACUUCCAGGACGAGAUGGUCUGAGCGAGACCUGUUUAAAGGAUCUUCUUCAUGGUUCUGAGUAUGUUCUCACAUAUGAAGAUAAGGACAGUGAUUGGAUGCUUGUUGGUGAUGUCCCCUGGGAGAUGUUUACUGAAACAUGCAGGAGACUCAGAAUCAUGAAAGGUUCAGAGGCAAUUGGGCUUGCUCCAAGGGCCAUGGAGAAAUGCAAGAGUCGUAAUUAGUGUAUAAUAAGCAAGGAAGUUCAAGAAGUUUCUGAAAUUCCGGGAAAGCUGAAGAGUGUGUCAAGUUGAGCGCUUUGCUCAUCAGCAAUAUAUAUGUAUGGAAAUGUCACAAGUUUGCUGUAUUUACUGAACUAAAAACCAAAAAAAAAAAAAAAAAAAGAAAAGAAAGAAAGAAAAAAAACCAAAAAAGAAAAUCUACAAGACAGGAUUUAAUUGAAGACAUUGUUUUAAGUUUCCUUAGUUAUUCUAUUAGCUUUUCUUUCCGUAUGUACUUCAAUGUCUCUGUAAAUUAAGGGAUUGCUUGCUGAUUAUUACA